AUGGAUGGUUACAAUUAUUUGAUUUCAUUGCUUGCAAAUGAAACUUUGAUCAGAAACGAAAAAUCGCUGAGAAAGUCUAAGCGAUAUGCUGAUAUCUAUACGACUCUAUCAGAGACACGAACAACUCCACCGUCUUCAUCGCCCAACGCACAAUUCUAUCCUGCUAUUGUACAAAUGGCGACGGAUUUGGACAGUUCCGAUUGUAACUGCUGUAUUCCAGGUGUGCAAGGGAAACCUGGUUUACCGGGAAAGAACGGAAGACCUGGAAUCCCGGGAAUACCUGGUGAAAAUGGUCGUCCAGGAAGGCCACCAGCUGCUCAAUGCAAUGUUGAAGCAGCUCUCGCUUGCCCCGUAUGUCCCAGAGGUCCGACUGGUCAACCGGGACUUGUUGGACCACCAGGAGACCAAGGACGGAGAGGUGAACCUGGAACACCCGGUAGCCCAGGAAUAGAUGGUGGACCCGGUCCGAAAGGACCUCGAGGGAUUAAGGGAGUAAGAGGACGAGAUGGACUGCCGGGUGAUGCUGGUGCGUUGCCAUAUGCCUCUCCGAUGAUUCCUGGUGAAGCAGGCCAACGAGGGGAACCCGGCGCAGUUGGUCCACCAGGCUAUCCAGGUGAGGAUGGAUAUGAUGCACUACCAGGACCGCGUGGAGCGAAGGGUCCUCCAGGAUAUCCAGGUGCACCCGGUGCGGACGGUGAAGCAGGUUGGCCAGGACCAAUCGGGCCACCUGGACGGCCAGGCGAGCAAGGUGACUGUCCAACAUAUUGUGCGCUUGACGGUGGAAUAUUCUUUCCUGACAGUGUUAUAAGAAGGAAACAACGUAAGCUGCAGUAA